AUGAGCGCCCUCGGUAGUCCCAUUGCCAUACUCAUGGCGCUCCUCAUAAGGAUACCACUGAUCGUGAGAACAAUUCUCCUGCAUAGCAUCCGCCAAUCUCCAGCCACGGGAAAACAGGAUCUCCGUACCGAGCUAACAGUCACUUUUCUUCGUUCGUUCAUGAAUGGUGCUGUCUCCAUUAGUAAACAGCAAAAGCGGGCCAUGCGUGACCCUGGCAUCAAAGGCCCGCUAUGGGUUUCUAAGGUGAAAUUUCCUCAGCCGGAGCUCGACGACGUCCAAGAAGCCGUGAUCAAGGCAAUUGAGGAGCUGAAAUUGGGCGGCGAAACGUUCGAUCUUCCCGGUGUAGUGCCUGUUGAGGCUGAAUGGACGGGUUAUCGUCGUGGUGUGGGGAAGAAUGCACCCCAGCCUGAGAUGUCCGAGGAGCAAAAGUAUGCGGAGUUGAAAAAGGAGUCGAGGGAGGACAUGGUUAUUUUGUAUUUCCAUGGAGGAGCAUACUACCUCAUGGACCCUUGUACACACCGUCUUCCAACAUCCCAGCUGUCCAAGCGAACAGGUGCGCCAGUUCUAUCAAUUCGAUAUCGCCUGGCCCCUCAGCACCCAUUCCCAGCAGCCCUAGUAGACGCUCUUGUAGCCUAUCUUUCCCUUAUUUCUCCACCACCGGGAUCACUCCAUGCCCCUGUGCCUGCCAACAAGAUCGUGCUUGCUGGUGACUCCGCUGGAGGAAAUCUUAGUCUGGUCCUCCUGCAGACCUUACUAACCCUCCAUCGCACGUCUCACCGCGUCCGCUUCCACGGCCGCGACAUCCCCAUCGAGCCUCCCGCAGGUGUAGCCACCAGCUCCCCCUGGUGCGAUUUAACGCGCUCCAUGCCUUCUGUCUUCUCAAAUGCCAAAUUCGACUACCUCCCGCCUCCCAAGCAAACCCCUGAAACAGCCUGGGUGCCUCCUUCCAUCCCAGCAGACGAUAUCUGGCCUACUUCCCCGCCGCGAGUUGACUACUUCGUCAACGCCGAUGCCAUCUUACAUCCGCUUGUAUCGCCUCUCGCGGCACCAAAGCACCUCUGGAAGGACGCGCCCCCGAUUCUCAUCUCAACGGGUGAGGAGGGUCUCUCCGAUGAAGACCUAAUUCUCGCUCGUAGAAUGCACCAAGGCGGGGCUCCUGUCGUUGUAGAGCAGUUUGAAGGCAUGCCACACUGCUUCGGACUUGUCUUCCCAGGUACAUCUUCUGGGAGCCAGUUCUUCGACCGCAUGGCGAAGUUCUGUCGUGACGCUGUCGCAGGAAAAGUCACGCCUUCUGGGAAAUUGUCUUUUAUUGGGUUUAAAGCUACCUCGAAUCGGGAAAUUCCUUUACCUGACGUUAGUCCAUUGACAGAUGAAGAGGUUGAUCAACUCCUGCAAACUUCUGCGGAGUGGCGGAUGCAGGGUGAGAUGGAGUUGAGGAAGCAAUGGGUUGCGAAGGCUAAGCUUUAGAUUUCAUUGAUACCCUUUCCUUUGCGCAUAUCUCGGAUCAGCCGUCAAGCCUACAAAUCUUAAGUGUAAGGAAACGAUGCGCUCUAUAGUGAUAUUAGACAGGACACUUAACUAAUAUCAUGGAUCUUACCGAAAAUCACGACAUAGCUAAAGAGUAGAGGACAUGCCGUAUCCUCCUAACAUCUAGACAAGCACGAAGGGAGAGGAGGAGAGGAGGGAUAAAGCGAGGCUCUAGUGAAAUCUGUAAGGAAGGAAUAAAUCUUUUGGAG